CUUUCGGUUCUCGAGCACCCAUCGAUCAGCUGGCGGAUGUAGAUGGCGCGACUAACGCCUUUAUAACGUCGAGAGGCUCAAUUUGGGAAACAGUCUGUGCGAACGUUCGAGAGGGGACCCUCCACCGGCGAAAAAGAUCCACGACUGCACAGAAAAGAUGUCGGGGAAAGUUCGACAAAAGACCUCGGCAAAUACAGCCGAUUCGGCUAUACAGACUGUAAACGAACGAAUUCUGAAGGAGUGUCACACACUGUAUGCCGACCCAGACAAUGGCUUGAUCAAGAUAGCUGAGAGUCUGGGCUUGUCACUGCUGGCGCCAAGAAAAAAGAUCACAGUGUUGAUGAUCGGAAACCACUCAGCUGGCAAAAGUUCCUUCAUCAACUGGUAUUUAGAAGAACAUGUCCAGAGGACAGGAGUGGCCAUCGAGACUCAGGGCUUUACGUUUGUCACCAGUGGACGGAAACGAGAGUCCCUCACUGGCAAUGCCACCCUCCAUCUGUACCCUCAUUUCGAACCAAUGCGGCAAAUUGAAGGUGUGGUGGAUUACUUGACAACGGAGAUAUCCACUUCCAAACAGAAGAAGUUCAGUCUGGUGACAUUUGUAGACACGCCAGGUCUGGUCGAUGGUGACAUGAAGUACCCGUUUGAUGUCAAUCAAUCCAUUCUCUGGCUGGGUGAUCUGGCUGACCUCAUCUUUGUUUUCUUUGACCCAAUUGGUCAAGCCUUGUGUAAGAGAACCCUAAACCUGGUAGAGAAGCUGAACGACAAACAUGCUGACAGAAUGAAGUUUUACCUGAGUAAGGCUGACGAGGCAGGACAUGAGAGUGACAGACAGAGGGUUAUGAUGCAGAUAGUCCAGGAGCUGUGUAAGAGGCCGGGUUUGAACCGCACAGGCUUCGACAUGCCCACCAUUUAUAUCCCUAAUGCAGCAUCAAAGUCGCGUUGUGCCAAUCAGAUUGAAGAUGUGUGUAAAGACAUUGAGAAAACCAUCAACCAGACAAUACAGAACACUCUUAACACCCUGGAGAGGGACUGUAACCAGAUUGCGCAGCUUGUGGAUGAGCGUUUAGAAAAGGACAGCAUAGCCUGUGCGUCUAACCUGCGUGCUCGUGUGCGCGGCUUCGUGUACGGCUUCGCGGGGCUGAUGAUCCCACUCCUCCUCCUCCUUACCUACCUCAUCAGCACCUCCCACAAAGUCCUCAGGCCCCUCCUCGGACAGAAUCUCGUGGACACCCUCGGCAUUUAUCUGGGUCCGCUGAGCCGAGCCUGGCGAGCCAUCCCGCCCGACUACAGCACACACGUCCUCGGAGGCUUCCUCGUGUUCGCCCUCAUCCUCCUGCUCCUGGCCAAGUUCUGCUCAAGAACCCAGGUGACCUUGUCAAGAAAGCAGAAGCGAACUUUGAAUGAAAUCCGGGAUCAUGUGGCCAAUACAGUCAAGAGGAAGAAGGAAACCCUGUACCAAGAGUAUCUCCAACAGAGCGUGGCAGACCAUGACCUUUGACCUAACUACACCUAACCGAGGAUCCACCUUUGAUCUUUGUAUUGGAGACUUUCAAUUGUCUCCCCUUUACGGCAGCUAGUUUACACCAUGUUUAAAUGGUCAUAUUGUGGAAUGUUUGAUUAUCACAUUGUAAGGGGUGGGCAGGAGGAAGAUGUCCAUCAGUCAUGAAAAUAUACGUGAUCUGCUAAUCAUUAUUAUUACAUUCAUACCAUUACUUCUUUCUUACCUCUUGCCCACCCCCUCCUGUUAAAAAGUGAAAUAGUCUCUAUAUCAAUAAAAAAAAGUUUACCUGUGUGAAUUGAAGUAUUAAUUAUGAACAGAGUAUUUUGAUGUCAGAAUGAGUAUUUUAGUACCAUUAAAAAAAAAAUAAUAAAAUAAAUAAAAAUGAGAAGACGAGAAACUUAGGUUUUAAAAAAAAAAAUCAGAUGAUGCGGACUUUAGAGCUUAUUAAUGCAGGAUAUAUGUACAUUUUACAUUCUUCUAUUGAAAUAUCUCCUACCAUUAAAUACUGUCAUACAUGCUGAUAGUCAUUCACUUGCAGUUGAAGAGUGUUGUUUGUAUCAUUCUGAAAGGUUAAUUUGGGUUUCAAAGAGAUUCCAGGUUUUUACCAUGAUACCUUUUUUGAACAACUGGAUUUUUGAACAAUUGGCUGUUUGGUUUUAAUGCUGUAUGGCCCAAACUUUUAAUAGGCUGUUUUUUUUUUUGUCUUGAGAGGCCAACUUUUGCUUGAGAUAAGUACCCUUUGUCUAUGCAAGGUCUCGGCGGAUUUCUUAAUGUUGUGCUAAUCCAAUGUUCAGGAUGAAAGUUGAAUGACCGGUUUCCUGUGUUGAUAAUGUGAGAUGAACCAUAUGCUUUUUGUGGAGCAUUAGAGAGUCCCAUCCUGUCGGGGAUAGCCCACCUGCACAAUGGUUGUUCACAUAACAUUGCAACACCUGAAAUUCAUUGCGUUUUUAGCUCACCUGUGAUACAGGCAUAGUUGUAACUAUUUUGUCCCUUUCCUUAAAGGCUAGACAGUCGCCUUCUCUUGCCAGUCUGUCCCCCUGAAAGGGCAGGGUGGCAAAUGUGGGCAUGCAAACAACCAAAGAUAUGACAAUAAGACAACCACGCUAAAAUGUAGGCCUAAUGUAUAGUGUCCUGUAGCUAUAUGUCAUUGUGAACUCGCAUAUGUCCUUGACCUUUAUCCUGUAUCUGUCCCCAACAAGGAGCAAUGUAAAUGUACCAGUUAAUGUUCAAACUACCUAUAGUUAUUAAUGGGCUCAAAACGCAAUUCACUGGUGCCAGCAUAAUGUUGAAUGGUUUCUGAAAUGUGUGUUCUUUUUAGGGAAGACAAUAACUAGGGGAGACGGUGCUGUUUCAGUUUAGAUGGAAGUUUAUUUUAAUUUCAAUAUGCAAUGUGGGGUUUUUUUUUUCUGCUUAUUUUGGCUGUUGUUAAAAGAAAGAAAUCCUGAAAUAUAAUUACUGUAAAAUCAUUUACCUCUGUGUCAUAUUUUGCAAAUUUUGUGCAAUCCUUCUUUACACAAUGAUAAAAUCAUUACUGUGUGCAUUUUUAUCAUUUUAGUCAAUCAUCAAAAAGUUAAUUGCACUUACCUAAAGCCUGCCAUUAAACAUAGCUGUUGCUGUAAAGAUGGAUUUACAAUUUGUUCUUACUGUUAUCAUAACUCAUUACCAUUGAAAAAUAAAAUAAAAAUAAAGAAAUUUAAAAAAGAAAAAUAGUUGCAUUCCCACCCAUGUAAUAUCCACCACGGUGCAUGUUUUGGAUUAACAGUUACCUCAAAUCUGAGAUUAGAAAGCUUUGUCACAUUUUUAUUCAAACUGAACAGGGAUACAAAAGAGAAAAUGAGAAAAGAAAUGAGAAUGCAAAUGCAGGUAUUAACUAGUGCCAUUUAAGUUUUAAUUUUCAAUUUGAAGGCAGUUCAUCACUGCUAAACCAGAAAUGUUUUUACUGUUACUGGGGCACUGGUGGGGGCAGGGGAAUUUUGCUUUUAUUUUUGUAUUCUAAGUUUUAACACAAAUGUUCAUCCGUCACAAAUUAAUGUGAUUAUGUCGGGAAUGUGAACUAAAUGAAUUCAUGUACAAGGCUAUAUAUUUAUUGUAUCAUGUCGCAUUUUCACAUUGAAUGAAUGAAGCCAGUGUCUCACGCCUAAAUUUUUUCAGUCAUGAAAGAUUUUACCAAGGCAGCAAUUUGUUUAUGAGCAUUUUUUGUGUUUAUUCUUUUGUCCGUUGGUCAUUUUAGUUGGUGCUUUGUCCGAUAAAAUAUAGUAAAUAAGUUUGACUUUACAAAAGUGAUAGUUAACUGAUUUUGUUCCCGGUAAAACUUCAUUCAGUAAGUGCUGAAAUAUACAUUUAUUUGAGUAAAAUAAAGAGUACAG